AUGAAAUCGGGAAAGGAGAAUGAUCCUGCAGAUGAUACCCUGAACAAGGUCAUAAAGGGGCCUUCACCUUUAUGGAUACGUUUUUGUAUGUGGAUCUUGAGAGUUUGGUUCUUCGUUUAUGAUUGUUUGAAUUAUAUUCCGUACCAACUUUUCAACUCCCCAGUGGAGAAACUGAGAAAGUCUGAAAGAGUCAAGGCUCGCUGGGUUGGAGAUAGGGAUGGACCAAUCAGACAUGUUGAAGGACACAAGAGUGAAGAUUUCCCAGGCAAAAAUACAGUUGACAAAUUGUGGCGUCAUAUUGUGGAGCUUCAUGGCGAUAAUCCAGCUCUAGGAACUCGUCCAUUACUUGAGGUUCAUCAGGAAAAACAAGAAGGUGGAAAAGUUUUCGAGAAGUGGGAGCUUGGAGACUACGAUUGGCUCACUUUCGCUGAAGUUGAAGAGAAAGUUGAAAAACUUGCUGCCGGUUUCAAAGAUCUCUCAGAAGAUUCGAACUCUAAGGUCGUCAUUUUUGCGGAAACUCGUGCCGAUUGGCUUAUCACUGCCUUGGCCUGCUUCCGCGCUAACAUCCCUGUUGUGACGGUAUAUGCAACUUUAGGAGAAGAUGCUAUCGCCAUCGCUAUUUCUGAAACUGAAGCCACCACCAUGGUUACUGCUGCUGAAUUAUUACCGAAAAUUGGAAACAUUGGCAAGAAGUGUCCUACUCUUAAGACUCUCGUGUACUUCCCACAAGUCAACAAAGAAGCCAAACUCACAGAUUUGACACCCUUCAGAGAACAGUUCACCCAUGUGUUGUCCCUGAAUGGAUUGGAAGACAGAAACAAGGCCGUUAUCAAAGAAUCAACAGCGAAACCGGAAGAUAUUGCACUCAUUAUGUACACUUCCGGAACCACUGGGGCUCCUAAGGGUGUCAUUCUUUUGCACAAAAAUGUUGUAGCCGCUGUAUGUGGUCAAGCAAACGGAGUUAACAUCGUGACAUCAAAUGAUGCUUACAUUGGAUACCUUCCUCUUGCUCACAUUCUUGAGUUAGACGCUGAACUGACUAUUUUGUCUCGUGGUGGAAAGAUUGGCUACUCUUCUCCUCUCACUCUUCAUGACAGAGCUAGUAAAAUUCAGAAGGGAACUCAUGGCGAUUGUCACGCUUUACGACCAACGUUGAUGGCAGCUGUUCCUGCUAUUAUGGAUAGAAUUUUCAAAGCUGUUUCCGAAGAAGUCGCCGCCAGUCCUAGGUUUAUGCAAGAGUUGUUCCGUCUCAAUUAUGAACGAAAAAGAGCUCGUUAUCUAGAGGGUUAUUGCUCUCCAUUCCUUGACAGAAUCGUGUUCAAGAAGAUUCGUCGGCUAUUGGGAGGUCGUCUGAAGGGAGUACUUUCCGGUGGAGCCCCUCUCAAUGCUGAAACUCAACGAUUUAUGAAUAUCUGCAUGUGUUGUCCUGUCAUUCAAGGAUACGGAUUGACUGAAACAUGUGGUGCUGCUUGUGUCGCUGAAAUUAGUGAUCUUAGUACUGGAACUGUUGGACCUCCAGUACGUUGUGCUGACAUUGUCCUUAGAGAAUGGAAAGAAGGAGGUUACUCCCCCUUCAAUGACCCUCCUCAGGGAGAAAUCCUCAUCUCUGGACCCCAUGUCUCUCCUGGAUAUUUCAAACAACCAGAAAAGACUGCUGAAGAUUUCAUUGAAUACAAGGGAGCUCGUUACUUCUGUACUGGAGAUAUUGGACAAAAGAGAGACGAUGGAUCUAUUCUGGUUAUUGAUAGAAAGAAGGAUUUAGUCAAGCUCCAACAUGGAGAGUACAUUUCUCUUGCUAAGGUUGAAUGUGCUCUUCUCAAUUGCCCAAUCGUUGAUAACAUCUGUGUCUAUGGAAGUGGAUUAGAAUCAUUCACCAUUGCUUUAGUUGUACCUAACCAGAAGCAUCUUGAGGCUAUCGCACAAGAGUUGGGAGAAACUUCUAAAGAUUUGGAAGCUUUGUGCUCUAACCGUAAAGUGAGAGAUGCCUUCCUCAAGAAAAUGCAAGAACACGGAGCUAGAAGCAAACUCUCCAGAACGGAAACUCCUGCGGCUAUCCACUUGUGUUCCGAAAUUUGGACCCCAGACAGUGGAUUGCUAACUGAAGCCUUGAAGUUGAAGAGAAAGCCAAUUCAGACAAGGUAUCAAAGUGUCAUCGAUGAUCUCUAUCGUAAGUAA